CUCUUUGGAGGGCCCUGAAGAGUUCUCUCUGAACUUUCUAGAGGUUCAAAGGUGGUGCACUCCCCCUGAGCCAAGUUCAGGGCACCCUGGGGGCUGUGUAGGGGAUGGCAGGAGGGGACAAUGGAUCCAGCAGCAGGGCAACCACAGAAGACCUGAGCAAAGAGGAGUCGGUUGACAAAGAGGAGGUGACUGAUGAGGAGGAGUCAGCUUAUGGAGAGGAGUCGGCCGAAUAUCAGCGCAUGUUCAAGCACUUCAAAGAAAAUAAGGUAGAAAUCGCAAGCGCCAUCACAAAGCCGUUUCCUUUCCUUAUGAGCCUCCGAGACCGCGGCUUCAUCUCUGAGCAGAAGUUUCGGGAUUCUCAAGAAAGGUGUCAAAACCUGGUCCCGGUGGGCAUAGUGGUGUAUGACAUCCUUAGUGACCUACAGAACAAGUUCAGCCUGCCGCUUCUGGAAGUGAUAUUCAGCAAAGUACAUCUGAAGGCCUACCCAGACUUAGAGGAGACUCUGAGGCGCUUCCUAGACGAUACUGUGGAGACUGGAAACAACACUACUGUAGGAAAAUCCAAGAGGAAGAGAAUUCCACAACUGAGCAGAAAUGAAGCUGCACAUUUCAAAGCUGAGUUGCUUCCUGUGACAUGUGGUCACAUGGAGGGAGUGUUACACAAGAGGAAAUUCGAGCAAGGGGUCUCCGUGAAGUCCAUACAGAGUGAGGAUGGGGACUGGUACAUACCCCCUGAGUUUGAAAUCCUGGGAGGCUAUGAAAAAUCAAGGAACUGGCGAUUGAGUCUGCGCUGCUACGACAGACCCCUGAAAUUGCUGAUCCAGAAAAAUCUUCUACCCAAGCUUCCAAAAGUACGUUGCAGGAUCAAAAAGGUGGAGAAUUCCUGAAUGUCCCAAGGACUUCGAUUCAGCUUGGUCUCUGCUGUUGCCACAGAUUACUCAAAUUACCCAUCUACCAUCCUCCUCUUGAUCCAUCUGGACCUGCUCCUGCCUUUUGGGCUCUACAACUGAACUCAACUCUACAGCUCAGCCCUGUCCCUGCAGCCAAAUACUACAACAGUAACUUCAGCACCUGUCCAGAGAGCUCCAGCUCAUUUAUUAUCUCACCCUACAGACUCCCAUGCACUUUGCCACCUUAAAUCUUGGUAGCUAGUCUGUAACUUACAUAUAAAGAUAGAGGGAUAGCGGUAGGUAGAGAUAUAUGUUACAUAUAUGUGUGAUGUGUGAACUGAGUUAAUAAUUAAUAUUGCAAUAAAGAACACCUGUUUCCCUUGGUCAGGGUUAUUAAGGAAAGUGGGAAUAUCUGACAGAUUGUUGUCAGUGAAAGUGCUGUAGCUUCUGAAUUUAUUAUUAUUCAAUAAAGCCUUAUGUUGUAGAAGGACAUAAACAUGUUU